CUAUUUCCUUCCAUCUGAAUAUCACAAAACCCCUUUAUUUCCACAAUCACUCUUUCUUUUUUAAUAUUUUUGUAGUCUAGUUUGAAUACUUUCGAGUGAAGCCUUUUAACUCUUUUCAAUUGAUCAUUUGAAAUUGAAUUAGUGAGGUCUAUUUUGUAUCUGUUCUGUCAGUAAGUAUUUUUUUUUAUUACUUUCUGAAAUGAAGGUUCUGUGCAAAACUUGAUAUUGCGAGUGAUACUGGGUACACACCACUAGCACCAGAGAAAUAUAGACUUUGGCCCAGAAGAUGGGAAGCGUUCCACUUGCCUCAUCUUCUCCAUUGAUUUCCAGCUCCUCUUACAUUUUGGGAAGACCAUCAACAGUGCCUUUAUAUCCUCACCGGCGAUUCAGGCAAGCGCAAGCACUGUCCAUUUCCUGCGAUUACUCCUGUUUCGAACUAAGGGAUGUCUCUUAUCGACCUCCAGGGACCAAGAUCGACCUAUUGAGUCAAGUCAACCUUUCCAUCCCUGAGAAAAGUUUUGGCUUGAUAUUUGGACGGAGUGGAAGUGGAAAAACUACUUUAUUGCAGCUGAUUGCAGGGCUAAGCAAACCAACAUCAGGUUCCAUACAUGUGCAAAGAUAUAGCUAUGAUGGUGAAAAGAUCAAGUCUCCUGAACCCUUACAACCAGAAAGAGUUGGCAUUGUUUUCCAAUUUCCUGAGAGAUACUUUGUUGCGGACACUGUUCUUGAUGAAGUUACAUUCGGGUGGCCAAGACAAAAGGGUGGCCUACAGUUAAGAGAGCUUCUUGCUUCUAGACUUCAAAAGGCCAUUACCUCAGUUGGUCUAACUGGAAUACCGUUGGAUAAGGAUCCCCACUCAUUAAGCGGUGGCUACAAACGUCGACUUGCCCUUGCUAUUCAAUUAGUUCAAACACCAGAUUUAUUAAUAUUGGAUGAGCCUCUUGCUGGUCUUGAUUGGAAGGCUCGUGCAGAUGUGGCGAAAUUGUUAAAGCAUCUAAAGAAGGAGCUAACUUUACUUGUUGUCAGCCAUGACCUCAAGGAGUUGGCAUCUUUGGUAGAUCAAUCUUGGAGGAUGGAAAUGGGAGGAGCACUUAAAAGAGAGCCACUACCCAUUUAAUACCUGGGAUUUAUAAUGUUCCCAACAAUCAUUUUCUGGUGCAAUCUAUGAGAUACCAACCCGGGGAAGUUUCCUCUUGCUUGAGACAGACUCUACGACAUCAGCGUUAGGAGCUCUAUGAUUUGGCUGGACGGUCUUCAACAUCUUCUUCAUGAAAUGUGUUCCAUAUCUUCCAUUGGCCUGUUUAUUCCCUUUCCCAUAUUUUGCUGGAUAUAAACUUGGACUGUGCGUUCUUUAUAAGGAGCUCUCCUGGUGACCCUUUUUGUUUCUUUCUGUCUCUUGAAGUUCAACUGAAGAACCGAAAAGAUAUUUCUGGUUUUUAUGAGAAACGAUUGCAUAUUAUUCUUGGAGAGUGCUCAAGGUUAUUGUUUUACUUCAAUCCCCGACUAUUGAGGUCUUCACAUUUCAUGUAACCUCCGAAUGUAAUUAAUAGUUUCUGUAAUGAGUUUUGUGAUAGUUUCUUUAGCACUUAAUUUGUCCUUUAAAUUUCAAUUAACAUCUGAAUGUAGUUACUGGCUUUUGUAACUGAGUUUGAUGGGUUUGCAGCAUUUAUUUUGUCCUGGUCUCUUACCCAAA